GUCCGCCAUGUUGUUUCCUUCGUUCGGUUGACUUUAGAGUGAAUUCAGUUUCUGUGGUGGAAGUAGGCAAGUGGGCGGCGGGUAUUCGGUAUUGGAGAGAUUGUUUUGUACCUCACUUUCCAGACAAAAGUAAACUAUCCAAACGGUUAAUUUCUGUCUGAUAACUGAUGCAAUUGGAGGGCAGGAGUCUGGUGCGAGUUCAGACUUUUUACUGUGACCUGAGGGCACGUCGGAGACCCUGAAGUAGUAGAAGGAUGAUCACCAGAAAAAGGGGACGAGCGCAUGAUCAGCAGAAGGCCGAGGUCAAGAGUCCGAGUCCCCUGCAUGUAGACGACGUGUGCGAAUGGGUUGAAACAAUGGACCGACAGCAGCAGGCCACCUCCUGCCUUCAGUCUUCACCGGAGGGUGAAGAUGGAUCUGGGCUGGACCUGGAUGACUUGUUAAGUUUUGAUGGUUUUAACUGGAGUUUUGAAGAGGACGCGUUUUCCCCGCUCUUCGAAACUGAGGUGGCUCCAUCUACAGAUGUCGAUGUCCUGGUGAAGAGGAACAAGAUGGAACCUGCUCGUGACAGCAGUGAGCAGCCGGCUUCCCCGACGGCUGAAUGCGCUGUCCAGAAAUCUCGGAAGCUCGAAGAGAUCCUGCCAGGUCGGAUCAAUAAGAAUGCGAUUGCUGCCAGGAUGAAUCGCCUUAAGAAGAAAGAGUACGUAAAUGGAUUGGAGAAGAAGGUGGGCGCCUUGGUGUCGGAGAACUGUAGUCUGAAAGAGGAAAAUUCAAAUUUGAUAAAGAGAGUGGAGGAGCUGGAAGAUGAAACCAGGUACCUCAGAGCUGUGUUGGCCAACGAAAGCAUGCUGGCCCAGCUGUUGUCCAGACUGAGCGGUGUGAAUGGCAUGAAAUUAUCUACCUCGCUUUUCCAGGAGGCUGACAAGAAUGACCAUGACUAUGCCAUGCCCAGAAAGAGGGUGAAAGUGGAGGAGAAGGAGACUUCUGGAGGCGUCUGUCUACAUGUGGAUAAGAACCAUGUCUCAGUGGAAUUCUGCACUAAAUGUGCGGAAAGUGCCAGCACAACCUUUAAAAUGUAGGGUCAAGUAACUUACUCUUUUCUCCCUCCAGAGGUCUUGAGACUGAACUUGAUGGGGAAAAAGUUGUCAGUGAACUACAGGGGACAAUGAUAUGAACUUGAUCAGAUUUGUUUAGAUGCUUAUAAGUUUUAAAACUGGUAUGAGGCAGAGGGUAUCUACAAUUGGUGUAUUUUUUCUUUAAAAAAAAAAAAA